UAGAGUCGUAUCGAAAAUUUCAUAGCAUUGGCUAAAAAUUGAUUCAACUAGUGUAUUAAAAUGGGAAAACUUUGCAGCACUGGAGAGUUUUCGACAGUUUUCGUCGUCUACCUUUUCGGCCGUGCAUUUUGGCAUAAUUUACGACGUACGCAAUGACGUUGAAUAAUAUUAUUGCGUCCAUUAAAACAGUUACAUGGAUCACUAAUGUUCUUUUGUUUCAAUUCUUCUUAGACCAAAUAAACAAAUGAAAUAUCACCAUGCUCCUCAAUCACCUGCAAUGACACCGUCCAAAAAUCCCCAUGCCAGAUCACAAAAGAAAUUCAAUAAAAAGAAAGAGAAAUUGUAUUGCAUUUGCCGCACACCAUACGACGAUACAAAAUUCUAUGUUGGAUGUGAUCUGUGCAGUAACUGGUUCCACGGUGAUUGCGUGAACAUUACAGAGGAGGCGUCGAAAAAACUAUCUGAAUUCAUUUGUGAUGACUGCAAACGUGCACGCGAGACUCAAGAACUAUAUUGUUCAUGUCGCCAACCCUAUGACGAGUCACAGUUCUACAUUUGCUGCGAUAAGUGUCAAGAUUGGUUCCAUGGACGCUGUGUGGGCAUUGUGCAAAGCGAAGCCGAAUUUAUAGAUGAGUAUAUUUGUCCCCAAUGCCAGCGCAACAACUCUGUGAACUUGGCGAAUAUGAAGAAUUUGUCCGAAAACGAGACGAUCGAAUUGAAGAAGCUUAUCAAGCAAAUACAAGCACACAAGAGUGCCUGGCCAUUUAUGGAACCAGUUGACCCAGAAGAGGCGCCCGACUACUAUAAAGUCAUAAAAGAACCUAUGGAUCUACAAAAAAUUGAAAAGAAAUUGGAUACAAAUGCAUACACAAAAUUAUCGGAAUUUAUUGGUGAUAUGACAAAAAUAUUCGACAACUGCCGCUACUACAAUCCAAAAGAUUCAUCGUUUUAUAAGUGCGCCGAAACUUUGGAAGCAUACUUUGUGCAAAAAAUUAAAAAUUUCCGGGAAACUGUGGUUAGUCAAAACUAAACAAAACAAAAAAAAAACACAAACAAAAGAAAGCUAAAUUCACUGUUG